AUGUCUAAGGUGAAGAGACGUGACCAUUCAACAGGAAAAAACUAUAAAAAAUUCAUUGGAAACAAAAAUGAAGGUCAUGGAUUUGUCAACAAGCAGAGAGAGCACAUCAGUUUCCAAUAUAAGAAGUUAAAAAGGAAAGAGGAUCGAAAACAAGCAUAUUUAGCAAGACAAGCUGAAAAGCUUUCUGGAACGGAAAUUAAAAUAUUUUCAGAAUCAAAUUCUUCACAGCCAAAGCAACAAAAGAACAAGAAUUUUUACCCCGCAAAAUUACAGAACACACAAAAAAAGUCUGAAAAACACGUUUUCAAAAGGCUACAGGAAGAAGCUGAUAGAAAAAAGAAAGAAAACCAAAAGAAAAGAGAAGAAUUGCUGGCUAAACAAAGAGAAAGAGAAGAAGCACUUGAGAAAUAUAAAGAAAGACGACAGGAGAAUUAUAAAAAACUGAAUUCGUGUGUAAAAGUCUUUUCAACCCUGCUUUUAAUUUUUCUAUUACCUUUGCCAGAUAAUUCGGUUUCUGGCAUUGGAAUGCCCCGAAAGAAAGAGGAACUUCUUUCAGAAAAAGUUCAGCAUUUGAUGGAGUGGAACACAAAGAAAGUUGUAUUGCGUUUAAAUGGUGAUAAAUUCAGACAAUAUGUGAAGACAUCUCCCAGAAACUAUUCUGUGAUCCUUAUGUUGACUGCAUUACAGGCUCAACGGCAAUGUACAGUUUGUAGGCAUGCAAAUGAGGAGUUCACUAUUCUUGCUAACUCUUGGAGAUUCUCACAGCAAUAUUGUAAUCGACUUUUUUUUGCAAUGGUUGAUUAUGAUGAAGGAUCUGAUGUAUUUGCAAAUUUGAAGAUCAACACAGCACCAGUCUUCAUGCAUUUCCCAGCCAAAGGUAAACCAAAGAAAGGAGAUACAAUGGACAUUCAUCGGGUUGGAUUUGCUGCUGAACAGAUAGCCAGGUGGGUUGGAGAAAGGACAGAUAUUCAGAUCAGAGUAUUCCGUCCACCUAACUAUUCUGGAACGUUGGCAGUUGCAUUACUCUUUUCCUUAGUUGGUGGUUUGCUCUAUCUUAAACGCAAUAAUUUGAACUUCUUAUACAACAAAACAUCCUGGGGAAUUGGUGCUAUGGUUAUAAUAUUUGCUAUGACCUCUGGUCAGAUGUGGAAUCAUAUCCGUGGCCCACCAUUUAUGCACAGGAAUCCUCACACUGGACAAAUGGCACUCAUAUAUCCUUCAAACAGUUCCCAGUUUGUUUUUGAAACCUGGAUUAUUAUCUUUCUCAGUAUCCUUUUACAUUAUAUCCAUGGUAGCAGUCAGGGACAGUUUGUAGUGGAGACUUACUUAGUCAUGAGUCUCUAUGCUGCUGUUGUAAUAGGUUUCAUUCUACUAAAUGAAGCUAACAAUUUAAAAGGCGACCCUGGCAAGAAAAAAAUUAUGGCUUUAGUUGGAGUUGGCUGUGUAGCUUUCUUCUUCAGCUUAUUGCUAUCAAUUUUCCGUUCCAAGUAUCAUGGUUAUCCAUAUAGCUUCUUAUUCAAAUAA